AUGGCAGACAGCGACACCAUCGUCUCCGCAUGGAACUCAGCCCAUGACAAUCAGCAGCAGCAGCAGCAGCAGCAACAACAACCGCAACAGCCACCGCAAGGAACGCAGUCCGGGUACCCCGACGAGUCUGCGCAGCAUGUCGCCGUCGCAAAGUUGGCUGCGACAAGAAGCAGCCAUGCCAGCACUGCAGCAAGUCGGGCACCGAGGCUCCUCGAGCGUCUCCACCGCCUUGAGCCCAUGCUCAAGACUCUGGCCAGCUGCAUGGAACGGGGCGCACUGCUGCCCUCCGUAACAAGUUCCUCCUCCGACCUGCAGGAGAACCUUCCGCCGGCCCACCGGGAGAUCGCCUGUGAGAACACACUCCCAAAUAUCCGCGCAUCACCGACUCCACCAACUCCCCCUCGCUCCGUCGGCUCUGGCAGCACGGCCAACCGGCCGGACUAUCGCCUCGCCGGCUCUGAACACCCUGUCACAAUGCAGACUCCGAGCCCCCUGGGACAACAAUCUCCGUUGCAGGAUGCGGACUUGGCAGGCGCCGCGCAAUCUAACACCCCCGGCAAUCCUGUAGCUGGUGUUGUUGGCUCCCAGGGAGUGAGCCCCAAAGAAAUGUCAGGCUUGGUGGAGUCGCCGUAUGGGACUUCGACGGGGAAGCUGGUGAGAGAUGAUGGCCGGCAGAGGUAUGUGAGCGGUACCUUUUGGGAGGCUCUGCACACUGAGCACGACGUGGACGAUGCCAUAGUGACCGACUACGACGAUGAGUCUGAAUGUGACGAGGAUCCACCGCCGCCCACGCCUGAAUCCUCCAGCUUACAACUCAAAGCGUGGGAGCUGUUCAAAGCGAAUGUGCACCCGGUAGCAACCAUCUUGCACAUCCCCUCGGUCGAGCCGAUGGUUCUCCAAGCCUUUGAGAACCCGCUCCGCCUCCCAUCACCCAUCGAAGCUCUCCUAUUCGUGGUGUACUUCGGCGCCGUCAACAGUCUCUCGUCGGACGACUGCGAGCUGCACUUCGGGGCGCAGCAGUCCUCCCUGCUGGCCAAGUUCCGGCGGGGCGCGGAUGGCGCCCUCGCGCGCUCGAGGCUGAUGGAGACGGACGACAUGCUCACGCUGCAGACCUUUGUCGUGUACCUGGUCGUGCUGCGCUCGCGUGACCCAACAUACUCCUGGAACACGACCGGCCUGGCGAUCCGGCUCGCGCAGUCGCUCGGGAUGCACCGCGACGGAGACGCGCUCAACCUCAGCCCCUUUGACGCCGAGAUGCGCCGCCGGCUGUGGUGGGGCAUCUGCAUCCUCGACACACCUGCUUCCGAGGACCACUCGUGCUCUCCUGGCCUUAUGGAGCUCAGUAGCUCUGACUCGAGGCCGCCGCUUAACGUGAACGACGCGGACCUGCGCCCGGAUAUGACCGAGUACCCCAGCGAGUCCCGGGGCAUGACAGACAUGUCCUUCACGGCUGUUCGGUGCUGGGCUUCCAGCAUCUGGCGGGCCAUGAUCGACACGCGCAGGGUCGACCCGGACACCGGGAGGAGCUUCGGGGCCAUGACUGUAGCGGAGAAGCAGGUAUGGGUCAACGAUCAGCGCGACAAGAUCGUUGGGCGGUUCUCCGGGGACAAGACCUCCCGAGAGGCGCUUCAAUGUUUGGUGAGUGCCUUCAUCGGCACCAUAAUCUCCAACCUCCGUCUCAUGGCCCUCAAACCUCUUGGACAAGAAACCUCACUCGACGAGGACCAAAGAAGUCGCGUUUUUCAGGGCGCAAUAGAAUGCAUGACGCACUCGUACCGGCUGCGCACCGACCCCCUGGUAGCACACUGGUCGUGGCUGACAAAAUGCUACCACGAGUGGCACGCAUUUGCCAUCCUGCUGUCGGAACUGUCGAGCCGGCCCCUGGUCCGGGGCGCCGACAAGGCGUGGCGGGUUGUGGAGCAGAGCGCGGUGCUCCGCUGGGACUCGGCCACGCGGCAUCGGAGGGUGCACCAGUGGCGCUCGGUCAUGAGGAGCAUCGACAAGGCCAGGAGGCGCAGGAAAAAGGAGCUCGGGCGCCGUAGACCUGCCCACACGGCCUUAUCCUCGUCCGCCCCGCCGUCCCGCAGGGGGCCGGCUGUUCAGGAAGGGCUGGGGCCGCUGAUGGGUGCUUCACAGGGAAGUCAGGGUGGCCUUGGUGUACCACACGGUGGUUUGGAUCACGAUACUCAAAUGUCGAUGUACCAUGUGGAUGAGAUGAUGGGGACUCUACUGGAGGACGAGAUGUGCAACUUCGCUGGUGAUGACGGUCAAGUGUACUUUGUCUAA